AUGGCAGAAAUUGAUCCUCCUCCCUUCUUCCUUUGUCCCAUCUCUUUGCAAAUUAUGAAAGAUCCCGUCACCGUCGCCUCCGGCAUAACCUACGAUCGGGAGAACAUCGAGAGAUGGUUAUUUUCCGAUAAACACACGACGUGUCCGGUCACGCAGGUGGUCUUGUCGGACUUUGAUAUCACUCCCAAUAAUACUCUCUCUCGAUUGAUUCAAGCUUGGUGCACUGUCAACAACAGGGUCGAGAGGAUUCCGACACCAAAGCCUCCCGUCGACAAGAAGCAAAUUGUCAAGAUUCUUGCAGACGUGAAGCUGUCUCCUUUCUCUCAACAGAAUUGUUUGCGACGACUCGGGUCCAUCGCAUCGGCAAACGAGAUGAAUAAACGUUGCAUGGAAGCUGCUGGAGCUGUGGAGUUCUUGGUUGGAGUUGUGUGUAAUUCCAUUACCAUAGAGUCGAGCUUUCAAGAUUUCACGUUUGACGAUCCGUUAGCGAAUUUGGGCGAUAAGGCUUUAAGCAUUCUUUACAAACUUCAAAUCUCUGAAUCCGGCCUCAAGUUUCUUCUCGCCAACAAUGGCGGCAUCUUCGUGAAAACCCUAACAAAAUUCUUACAAAACGGCACUUAUGGCUCCCGAGCGUAUGCAACAAUGCUUCUUCAAUCGAUGUUCGAAGUCGCCGAUGAGAUUCAGAUUCGCACUCUAAAUCUUGAAUUCUUCGUCGAAAUCGUCCAAAUUCUGAAGGAUCAGAUCUCGAAACAGGCCUCCAAAUCGGCAUUGAAAUUGCUAAUCGGACUCUGUUCGAGUUUCAGAAACAGAGUAAAUGCGGUUCAAGCCGGUGCGGUUCCGGUUCUGAUCGAUCUCCUCCUGGAUCUCGAUUCGUCGGAGAAGCGUUUGUGCGAGAUUAUUCUCGUGGCGCUUGAUCUGCUCUGCGGCUGUGCUGACGGCAGAGCGGAGCUAUUGAACCACGCGGCGGGGAUCGCCGUCGUGUCGAAGAAGAUUCUCAGAGUUUCGUCGCUUGGAAGCGAGAAGGCCGUCGGAAUUUUGUGCUCUAUUGCGAGAUUCUCGGCGAGCCAAUCCGUCGUUCAGGAAAUGGCGCGGCUCGGAGUUGUGGUGAAGCUCUGUUUUCUGCUUCAAGUCGUCGGCGCCGGAGCGAAAGCGAAAGAGAAGGCGAAAGAGAUUCUAAAGCUUCAUGGUCGAACAUGGCGGAAUUCUUCAUGUUUUCCUUCGAGUUUGCGACCUUCU